AUGGCUCCCAAGUACGAUGCGGGCGUCGCCUCAAAUGAAAACCCAAGAUACUGCCCAUCCAGUCACGAUCAGAGAUUUUCGGCCGACACGCGAACAGAUGCUCGAAUCGGCUCCACAGAGGCACUGAGACUAUUCGAAAUUGAGUUGGCGAAGUUAAAACAAAUGGGCAAACCGGAACAGAGCACGAACAAUUUUGCACAGACGGUAAAAUCCCAUAACGAGGGGAAGAAACAUGUUCAGAAAUGA